CUACUAACAUAACCCACCGAAGAAGACCACUGCUAGGUUAGCUAGCAAGCUAGCAAGGUGCACGUAUACUAAGUCACACGUGAGCAUCAAAAUGCUUCUUCGGACGGCCAGACCGUGGUUGGUCCGAUGCAGGAGUCUGCCUCUGGCUUGCUCGAGGUCUUACUACGCCGAUAAAGUAGCUCGACUCGGCUCGCAGCCGGAUAAACAGUCUUCUGAAUAUCAGGAGAAUUAUGACCGAAUGAAGGUUCUUGUUGAUGAACUGAAAAGCAGGACAGAGAAGAUCAAACUGGGUGGGGGUGAAAAAGCCAGAAGACUUCAUACAUCUCGUGGGAAACUGCUGCCUAGAGAGCGUAUAGACAGACUGCUGGAUCCAGGUACCCCAUUCUUGGAAUUCUCUCAGUUUGCAGCAUAUGAGUUGUAUGGAAAAGAGGAAGUCCCAGCGGGCGGUAUACUUACCGGAAUUGGGCGAGUUUCAGGGGUGGAAUGUGUUAUUGUUGCAAAUGAUGCUACUGUCAAAGGAGGAACAUACUACCCAGUCACAGUUAAGAAACACCUCCGUGCACAGGAAAUAGCCCAGCAGAACCACUUGCCAUGCAUUUACUUGGUGGACUCUGGAGGGGCCAAUCUACCCAGACAGGCUGAUGUCUUCCCAGACAGAGAUCAUUUUGGACGCAUAUUCUACAACCAAGCCCGGCUGUCUUCAGAGGGAAUAUCACAGAUUGCUGUAGUAAUGGGCUCCUGCACUGCUGGAGGAGCAUAUGUACCUGCCAUGGCAGAUGAGAGCAUCAUCGUGCGGAAGCAAGGAACCAUCUUCUUGGGAGGACCUCCACUGGUCAAAGCUGCCACAGGGGAAGAAGUUUCUGCAGAAGACCUUGGUGGUGCUGAUCUUCACUGCAAAAAAUCUGGUGUGACGGAUCACUAUGCAUUAGACGAUAACCAUGCACUCCAUUUAGCAAGAAAGGCGGUGAGAAGCCUCAACUACAGGAAAAAUAUUGAGGUCACCACAGAACCGACAGAAGCCCCUCUUUACCCUGCAGAUGAACUCUACGGCAUAGUUGGAGAUAACUUGAAACGCAACUUUGAUGUCAGAGAGGUCAUUGCCAGAAUUGUAGAUGGCAGUAAAUUUGAUGAGUUCAAGGCUUUCUAUGGAGACACACUUGUCACAGGAUUUUCAAGAAUAUUUGGUUACCCUGUCGGAAUCAUCGGCAACAACGGAGUCUUGUUUUCAGAGUCUGCGAAAAAGGGGACGCAUUUCAUCGAGUUAUGCUGCCAACGAAACAUCCCACUUAUUUUUCUCCAAAACAUAACAGGCUUCAUGGUGGGUAGAGAGUAUGAAGCAGGAGGUAUCGCCAAAGAUGGAGCCAAGAUGGUGACUGCAGUUGCCUGUGCAAAUGUACCCAAGAUUACUGUUAUUAUUGGGGGCUCCUAUGGUGCAGGAAACUACGGCAUGUGCGGCAGAGCCUACAGCCCUCGGUUUCUCUACAUGUGGCCAAAUUCCCGAAUCUCUGUAAUGGGUGGUGAGCAGGCAGCCACUGUCCUGGCAACCAUUACCAAGGAUCAGAGGGCACGCGAGGGAAAAGAGUUCACUGCAGAACAAGAGGCGGCCAUGAAGGAACCUAUAGUGCGCCGGUUUGAAGAAGAAGGCAGUCCAUACUACUCCAGUGCUAGGCUGUGGGAUGACGGGAUCAUCGAUCCUGCCGAUACUCGUCUGGUUCUGGGACUGAGCCUCAGUGCUGCACUGAAUGCACCAACGCAGAAGACACGUUUUGGAGUGUUCAGGAUGUAGAGCCCUCAGACCUACCUGUCAAGAGCUGGACAUGUACUGUAAUUAUACUAGUUUUUGUAGAUGUACUUGUGAGAAUAAGAGCAACAAACAGAAAAAACAAAAAUCACUAAAGUAGACUCACACAACGUUGGAUCCAUGUGAUCGGAUGGUGAUGGUAUGCUGUUGUUGUGGGACAUUUCCACUAAUAAGUUGUGCCUUAACUGUUACUAUUUCAGUGUAAAUGCAAACUGUUUCCUUCCUCUCUUUGAUGGACCUGGUUUUUUUAUCAAAUACUGUAAAUGUUGAAACAUAAAAAUGUAGAACAUAAAAA